AUGGCAGAAAAGACGAUAGAAUCAGGUAUUCCCUGGCUUCGACCGCCAGCAAAGCGCUACGUCUUCCGCAACGCCAACCUUGUUGACCCAGUCCAAGGCAUCAUCCGCAAGAAUGUGACCGUCACAAUGAGCAACGGCACCUUCGAGUCCGUCACCUCACCAUCAGACCCAGACCCGAACCCAACUCCAACAGCAUCCACUGCCUCCUUCACCGAAACCAUCGACCUCGACCUCACGAACCGCUACAUCCUCCCCGGCCUAAUCGACAGCCACGUCCACCUCCAAUACGUCCCCGGCACCCCCACACUCAGCCAAAUGAAGCGCCUCCCACUCGAGAUCCGCUCCUACCGCACACCUCACCUCUGCGCCGCCAUGCUGGCCCGCGGCUUCACCACCGUCCGCGACUGCGGCGGCAGUUCCGUGGCCCUCAAGCACGCCAUCGCCGCCGGCAUCGUGCGGGGCCCACGCCUCUUCAUCGCUGGCCACCAGCUCUCUCAGACUGGUGGACACGGCGAUCUGCGUGAUGAGUAUGAGGGUUCGGGUCAGGAAGGGACAUUGUGUUGCGCGGGCCAUGUGUUUGGGCCAGGGCGGAUCUGUGAUGGGGUGGAUGACUGCAUGCGCGUUGCGCGCGACGAGUUGCGGCAGGGAGCGGAUUUUCUUAAGAUCUUGGGCAGUGGUGGGAUCAGUAGCAAGACGGAUGCGUUGGAGAUGGUGCAGUUCUCGGGGGAGGAGAUUAGGGCGAUUGUGGGCGUUGCGAGGCAGAGUGGGACGUAUGUUACUAGUCAUGCGUAUACGCCUGAGGCGAUUCGGAACGCGGUGCUGAAUGGGGUGAAGGGGAUUGAGCAUGGGAAUUUUUUGGAUGCGGAGACGGCGAAGUUGAUGGCGAGGGAGGGCGUUGCGUUCUUGCCGGAGGAGAGUAGGCGGAAGAAUGAGGCUGUUGUUAAGGCGGGGAAGGAGUCGGUUAGGAUUGCGGACAGGGAGGGGGUUGUGAUGUGUUACGGGUCGGAUUUGUUGGCGAGUAUGAUGCAGUUUCAGACGAGGGAGUUUGUGUUGAGGGCAGAAGUGUUGGGGGCUGGCAAGAUCUUGCAGGCUGCUACGGUCAAUGGGGCGAAGAUGCUUGGGAUGGAGGGGAGGCUGGGGCAGAUUGAGACGGGGUUUGUGGCGGAUAUGUUGGUGUUGAAUGCGAAUCCGCUGGAGGAUAUCAAGGUGUUGGAUAGUCCGGAGCAGCACUUGUUGGCGGUGAUCAAGGAGGGUCGGGUUGAGGUCAGUCGGUGGACGAAGCUGCCUGAGGAGAGGCAGCAAAGUCUCAGCAUAGAAUAG